GCUUCCAGUUGGCAAACCUGUUUUUAGUAGAAUCGGAGCUACUUUGCAAAGAAUUUGAAUCAUACGCUGACUAAGCAAAGUGCGUAAGCAACAUUAGCCAUGUAUGGACCUACGGUUUCGUUCUUUCGGCUCGAAUGAGGCAGGUAUGUUAAGGCUACCUUAGAUGAAUAAUAAUGGAACUGCUUUACUGCAUAUUACUUGCCAUCUCCUUAAUGCGCGUUCACGGAACCAAGUUGUUCUACGAAAACAACAGAAUCAAAGGGACACGCCACGCCAUACCAGCAUUGUGCACACAGUCACAUAUUACGGCCAGUUGUGGAGCGUCAGCAGAGGUUUGGUAUUUUGAUGGUGUGGCAGGAACCUGCAGAAUAUUUCCGCCGGGCCAGUGCAUGGACGGAGGCAACACUUUCGCAACACACCAUGAAUGCAAACAAACAUGCCAAUCACAUAAAAAGCCAUAUCCUAUCUGCAGCCGGACGAUAGAGCUUGGAGAGUGCUCAAGAAAUUUUUACAAUAAAUGGUACUUUUCCUCUAAUAGUGGAAGAUGCCUCCAGUUUUCCAGCAAACUCUGCCUAAAAGGGGGUAACGCCUUCCAGACGUAUCCUUUAUGCAUGAGGCGGUGCAGUCGUCGCUUCUACCAGGCGCCGGAAACAUGCACGAAGUCUCCAAGUUUAAGCAGCUGUAGACCAAGAAUGGAGGCUUGGUAUUAUGACAUCACAGCCAGGCGCUGUCGCACGUUGCCUCCGGGCGUUUGUGUUGAAGGAGACAACUACUUUGCUACGCUACAGAAAUGUAAAGAAAAACAUUACGGGAUGUUGCAAUGCCGUCGCAACAUGACCCUCACGUCCAGCGUCGAGAACAGAGUCGCGCGCACACAGGCCCACACGGCCGACACAGCGGCGCGAUUUAGAAAGUUCGAUUACCAGGCGACGGGACAAAAUGGCGAUGAUCCCGACGGGUGA